CAAGCUGGCCAGAGCCUCGACGACGCAAAGGGAGGGGCCGAGCCCGCCGCAUGAUUGUGCCUUCAUGAGCAAUAAUAACUGGUGGCUUCUCCCGCCUGCGCGACGAUCCUCGAUUCGGCUCGCGUAUUUUUCUACACUCCUCCGUUGCCGCAGAAUUGCUGCACCCCACGAUCUGCCUCUCGUCUUCGAGACCCCGUUCUGUCUCCUGUCCCGACUGACACAAAUCAUCGUAAAUCCUUCAAUGAAUGCGGUGCGAUUUCAUCCCCAUGCCGCUGCUGCUCGAUUGCGCUGUGAUUGAACGAGCGGUAAUCCUCCCCGACACCGUCAUUCGUUCUCAAGGUUUCGGGACUUGCGGAUUUCGAAACCUGUUUGACGUUCGGGAGACGCAGGGCUCGCAUCGAAUCUCCUCGGCAAAAGCAAGUAUCUCGCUUUUGAUGACAUCGUGGAACUGGUAUAUGCUCGUAUGCUCGUUCUACGUGAGACCUCGAUUGUCUCGAGACGAGCAGUGGGGAAGGCUUUCCCACCAAGAGCAACGACAUUUCAAAUACGAAUGCGACAAAGGGCUAGAUAAACCGUGACAGUACAUUGACAUCACUGCGGCUUUUCAUUGAAGUCGACGACAAGAAAAAGGCGAGAUAGAGAGACGUGCGUAAACUAUCGGUAUAACUUGUUGUACAUCUCGUGAAGGCCCUCGGCAACGAGUACCGCAAAAUUGCAACCACUUUUGUCAGUUGCUUAAAUCCCUGGACCAUGGAACAUGCGUUCCGUUACACACUUUGAGGUUCGUCAUCUUUUCAGAGCUACAUAACAACAGAGU